AUGGAUACGUAUACGUUCUGCACGGCACUUGGAAAGGAAGAAGCGAAUCGACAGCUACGUAUUCAUUAUGAAAAUUGGGUCACGGAGAAAGAUAUUGGUGCACUUGCUGCAGCAGUAAUUAUUAAUCGCUACAAGGGACACGAAGCUAUAAUGGGAAUGAAGCCAGUGAAUGAACCGUGGAAAUUUACACCUAUUAAAGUACUUAAAGAAUACUAUUGGAAGUCGUACAAGCGAGUAAAGGCUCUCGCACUUUUGUGGAAGUUCAUUAUUCACGACUCAUUUCGUUUCGGACUGGCAUUCUGGGCUGAUUUCCUCCUAGGCUGCCCCAAUAUCGCGUUUGACAUGCACAUUUAUCAAGCUUGGAAUUCACCUGGAACGAUUGAAGAUUUUUUUCAAACGCUUGUCAGCAGAAGUACUCCUUUGGACGAGACUAAGCCCAUUCAAGGCCCAUAUAGCACUGGCAUGUGUGGGCCGUCGUUCGGCAAGUGCCCUGUUACCAGUCAGAGCUUUUUUCACCAGCAUGACGACGCUGCAUUAACCAGGGCGUUGACUCUAAAAGAGUUAAAUGGUGUUGCUGUUGGUCACGGGUGGUACUUUUGGAACUUUAAAACAGAAAUUCACUACAAAGUGGAGUUUCUUGGACUUGGUUCGUCAGGGAGCAUUCCCCAAGAACGUGUCAAAGUACCACAGCGAUGA